ACUCCCAAACACCCGUGAACGAAGCAGUGAAACAAGCGGAGUGUAGAAGAAGCAUUUCCACCCACGACUUUGACGUGAAGCUUCCGGUAGCAUCAGCGGCUCUUGACCUUCCUGCAGCAGCGACACGAACUGAGAGAUGGCUGGACGUGUACUUGCAUCAUGGUGGGCCAAGAUGGGCCCUUACUACACAAAGGCAUACCCGGAGAUGUGGGUUGGCCUUGGCAUCAUGACGUACCUGUACUACAAAGUCUCCUAUGGGGGCAAGAAGGCCGUGAAGGACAAGCCUACCCACUGAGUUCUCCACCGUGCUGAUGACCCCUCCACCUGCUGUUAAAUAAAGUCGCCUGUCCUGAAGUCCAGAUUCAUAUUAGAAUUUUUUUGUUAAUAUGGAACAAAUAAAGUUCUUAUCCAACA